UCUUCCCCAGCCGGGCUCAGUGUAGCUGCGCACUUGGCUCGUUACGCACGCUUCCACUUCCACUUGCGCUCCUUUGGAUAUUCACACUAACGGCUUUCGUGGGGUUUUUUUUCACAAACUUGGUGCACUAACCACACCGGAUAGCCGAGCGCGGGCCAUCCAAGGCGAUGCUGUGCGUGCUGCUGUUACCUAUCGCCGCUUUCCUGCUGCGCGCGGAGGCGGCGGUCGGCAUCAACAACAACAACAACCACCACCACAACAACAACAACAACAACAAUGGGAACACGGCGGACACGGACAAGUGGAUCAGCGACAAGGACAAGUACUGGAGCAAAUUCCGUGACGAUGAUUACUUCAGGACCUGGGUCCCAAGCAAAGCACAAGACAAAGAGCCAGAGAACAGGCCCAAGAGACAUGGGGAACCAGGAUCCAAAACACACCCAGCGCAGGCUAAGUGGCGGACUGAUGAUGGUUUGGACAUUACUAAAGAUCCUUGUAUGAAGGUACACUGUCCUCCACACAAAGUGUGUGUGAGUCAUGACCUGCAAACGGCCAUCUGCACCAAUCACAAACCUCCACAGCACAGCAUUAAGCCAAGGAAAGGCAGUCAUCUCCAUAAGCACUGGAUGGGAGCAAUGAAUCAUGGGAAAUGUAGACCUUGUCCUGUUGUCCAUCCUAGUCCAGUGUGUGGCUCAGAUGGUCAUACCUACUCCUCAAAGUGUAAGCUGGAGUUCCAGGCAUGUGUUUCUGGAAAGAGCAUCUUAGCGAAGUGUGAAGGACCGUGUCCCUGCCUGCCUGGACAGGAAGUCUUCAAGCCACACACUGAAAAGAACGCUUGCAGUGAUGCUGAUCUGAGGAGUUUGGCCUCUAGACUGAAGGACUGGUUCGGUGUCCUGCACAUGGACGCCAACCGAGAUCUGAAGACUUCUGCCAAUGACAACGGUCAAGGACGUUUUGACACCAGCAUCCUCCCCAUCUGUAAGGACUCUCUUGGUUGGAUGUUCAACAAGUUGGAUAUGAACUAUGAUCUCUUGCUCGACCAGUCAGAGCUCAGCGCCAUUUAUCUGGACAAGUACGAGCUGUGUAUGCGCCCACUCUUCAACUCCUGUGACUCCUUUAAGGAUGGGAAGCUGUCCAACAACGAGUGGUGCUAUUGCUUCCAGAAACCAGAUGGUCUGCCUUGUCAGAAUGAAAUAAAUAGGAUUCACACUCAAAGCCGACGGAAGUCUCUCAUAGGAGCGUAUGUCCCACGCUGUACGGAGGAUGGCUACUUUAAGGCUACACAGUGUCACGGCAGCACAGGCCAGUGUUGGUGUGUUGAUAAAUAUGGCAAUGAGAUUGCAGGCUCCAGGAAACAAGGCAACCCGAUCUGCGAGGAGGAUCAAGAGACCUCUGGGGAUUUUGGCAGUGGAGGAGCCGUCAUUCUUCUCGAUGACCAGGAGGAGGAGGAGGAGCCUCCACAGAACAGGCGGCGCAGACAGAAGGAGAAGCGAGGCAGGCUCCGUCCCCGUGGGGCCAUAGAGGAUGAUGAAGAUGAAGAGGAUGACAAAGAAGAUGAGAUUGGCUACAUCUGGUAGCUCCACCCCCAUCUCCCAUUGGCCAACCAGGGACCCCGGUUGUAAUGCACAGUUCUGAAGCCAUUCCAACCCCACAAUCUGGAUCAGAAUCUCAAAAAAACCCAUCAAUAACUAUAACCUGCAUCACCUGUAUUCUUUUUUUCCCUUUUUUAAUUUUUUUCCUUUUCUUUGUUUGUCUGUAUCCUAUUUUCUGGCUGUACUAAACAAUAUAAAAAAAAGUAAAAACUCUCAUAGCUGCAUUAACACAUUCUGUAUCUGGCAAUGGCAACCACAUGCUCUCACUCUUUUUUUCAUUACCAACUUUUCAUUGUAUUGUUUUUCUUUCUUCUCUCUUUUUUUUCCAUCCAUAGAGCUCCUGAAGCCAUUUGAGAGCUGCGGCUGUAAAUAUUUCUUUUUCUCUUCAGACAGAUGAGGCGCUAUGUCUCCCUCCAUCCCAGAGUCUCUCACCUGAGCCUUCUAGGAGACUCCUAGAAGUUCUAGAAGGUUCUUCAGGUGGUGUAGAAUGUUAUUAAAAUUAAGUAAAAAUAUUAUCCAAUGAGUGUGUGAGAAUUAUUAAAGGUUCUGGUGUGUUUUAGGAGGCUCUAGUGAGACACUCGACGGGCCUAUGCAUGUUCCCCACUGUGGAGGCGAGAAGAAGGUGAUGUUUUUUUUCAGCUGGUGGCUAAUAACAAGCCAAUGAGCAUUUUAUUUUGUGAUACUGCUGUUGUUUGCUGACGCUCUGCUUCGUUCUGUUGCUGGAUGGUCGCCACAGUGCUACCACAAAUCUCUAUUAACAAAAGUUUCUAUUCCACCGGACAGUGUGGUACGGUGAGCUCAUGGUACUGUAACUAAUCCAUGAUCCCACAAACACAAGUGCUGAAUUUGGGUACCCUUCUUGCCAAGGCAUCAAGAACACUCAACUGGGAGCCAGAAAUGGUGCAAACUUUUGACUGUUGAAAUGUCAUUGUCACGGCAUUGUCACGUGAGUCACCCAUAAUUUUUCAAAAAAAUCAAGAACGCUACUGGAUUGUUUUAUGUCUCUUCACAUAAUUCCAAAUGCAGAGUAACUGAAAAACCAUACCAUGAAGCUCCUUCAUUGUUGCUGUUAUCAUUAGUGUGAGAUGUUAGCACUAGCGUUGCUUGGGAAAUGGCAUCAUCAACCCACAACCUUUAGACAACUCCUUCUAUUUUCCCAAGUACUUUUAAAGGAAAUGGACACAGGUACUCAAGCAGGACGCAGACAGUUGUGAAUUCGGGUUAGUAAGCAUACCAUACCAUACUACACUGUCCAGUGGAAAAGCAGAGAAGUGUGUGUCUGUGUCUGUGUCUGUGUGUGUAUCCAAACCGAUUAGUAGCCAAAACUUACAUCACUCCAAUUCUGACAUGAGUAAAAAUGUUUGAUUUAAGCAAUUAUUCUUUUUCAGUCAUUCUUGCUCUCAUAUUUUUUCAAAGUUCCUUAUGUCAGAGAAAGGUUAGGAACAUUCCCCAGCAGUGUAUGAAUGCUGGUGUGUGACGCACCAUCAAGUUUUUAAGCCUGCCCUUCACACAAUUCCACUAAAUGCGCUCUCAUUCUGAAAUAGAAAUAAUGGCUGUGGACAAAAAAACUCUUCAUGGCCCCUUCAGUGUCAAGCUGGGUGCUUUUGUUAACCUGGCUGUGACACUUUUUUCCACUUACUUUCGAAGCAGGCAACAUUUUAUUUUGACAGUCUCUUAAGAAAAAUGGAUUUUGUAUAUGCAGUUUUCUCCCGCUGUGCUCAAUCGUCAGCAUGGUGUGUAAAGAACGGGAAAAAACCUGCAUAGUUUUGAAUAGAACCUAUUAGAAGUAGGUCUUUGCUCCCCUCUCUCAUACAGAGAUAAAUCACACUCGGGGUAGAUCCGUGUAUAAAUGUACACCAUGAGACUAGGUGAGAAAGUUGGUGAUUAAAUAGUAGUGUCAGUUUUAAGGGGAUGUUUUAAAGCUCUAAGACUCAGACCUGAGUGCCAGAUUUAAUAAAUCAGAUUAAAGUUGUCAUAUGGGCUUAAUCAUAAUGACGUGUCCCUCUGUGGAGUCUGAUCAGUGAGGAGACGGAUUAUAGCGCAUUUCAUUACUGAUAGCAGAAGUGAUUACAUCACAGCAUUCAAUUCAGUAUAUUUGUCUUUGUCUCUCAGAGCCACACUUACAUGCAUCCCUGAGAUAUUUAUCAGCAUGUGUGAGGGACAGAGGGAUAAACGAUGAUGAUGAUGAUGAUGAUGAUCUAUGUGGGAAUAUAUAAUGCUCUACCGUUAUCUAUCUUUGACAUGAAAAUACACUUUAGUCAUUCAGUUUGCAUGUCUGGCCUGUAAAUCAGUGGCUCGCAAAGUGGGGUUUGGUGACUCUCAGGGGCCAAUAAGGUAUAACCAAGGGUAAUUUCUUUUUAAAAAAUUCAUUACAGUGAUGAAAAUCACAACCCAUUAUUAAGUUGGUAUUAUAGAUACAUAUAUUUAUUGAUGCAACUCUAUGUAGUAUUACACACAGGAUAGAGACAUUGCUUAUUUAGUUAAAGAGAGUAGAGUCUGUUGGGAUAACUGAAUAGAAACCUUCAAGAUAAUCAGUCAAAAUGAGGUAAAGAAAGAGUUUGCUGAACUCUCACACUCAGUAACUCCUAAUUCGCCCAACACAGUUCAGUUAAAAGUUAUUAAGGUUAAAGUUAGUUAUGAUACCAAACAAAUGAAACCAACCAUAUUGCUCUCGUUUGUUACACUUCCUACUAAUUUCUCAUGAGCUCAUUAUAUUUAUUUUACUUAUCAUCCUGCUUGACUGGCCACUUUUGAAUGUAUUUAUUUUAAUGCUCAAUAACUUCAAAAUAAGUAGCCUCUAAAUAAUGCAAACUUGGACCUAAUGUGUUUUUGGUGGAAAAUUCAGGAAUAAAAACAUCUAUGGCUGCAAUAAAUAGCCAAAAUAGUUUUUGUACACAUCUGAAGAAUGAGUCUAAUAGUUAAAAAGUUGGAUUAUACUCUAUUCUUUGAAACACUUGGGUACUUGGGAUUUAUUUAAUAGUUAAAUUAGGGGUCCCUAGCAGACAAGGUUUGAGAACCCUGACUUUAAAUAGCCGUACAGUCGCCAUCUUCAUUGUCCAUCAGAAAGCAGUGAUGUUUGCCAUUACUGACCACCGUCCAGUGUCUGUCCUGCUUCAGCAUGAACCUCCGACCUCUCCAUGAAUUGGUUUGCUACUGCACCAAUGAAUUGCCUUGUUAAUUCAGUAAUCAUCCCUACAACACACACACGCACACACACACACACACACACAGAUAACAGUACUGCUAAUGCUAUUGCAGAUACGACUAAUGCACCAAUUACAGUAAAUGGCCAUAUUUGCAAGAGUCUUCUUUGUUAAUUCUCUAUAUUUUUUACUUUGUAAAGAUGAUGAUAAAGACAACAGAUUUUAAAAAAAAUAAAAGAGUACUAAAAUGAUGAUGUAAUAUAAUACAGUAGUGUGGCUUUGUCCAUUUGCAUUGCAGAUAUUGGGUGUAUAAGUCCCCUGUAGUCUUAACUGUAAUGUAGACCCUUUCCUCUCCUCUCUCCCUCUUCCUCUCUCUCUCUUUCAGAGUGUGUACUAGUGUUCUCAGUUUUAUGCCUGUCUUCUUUUCCCUCCUUUCCUCUCCCUGAUCCUGAGUCCUGCUGGAAUGUUGAUGUUCUGGGCUGAAUCCCUUUCUGUUUGUUCAGGUUUUAUUUAUUUAUUUAUUUAUUUUGGAUUUGAUUUUUUCCAAAAAUUUCAUCUGUAAAACGGUUUCAUGAAAAAAAUGUUUGUCUGAAUAAAUCUGGAGUCUGUCCUUGUCCA